CGGGAGUGCGAGAUCUCAACUGAAGUGUGAGUUUCAACAGUCAAAUAGUCUAAAAAGGCAUUUGCAGCAGAUUUGGAGGACUUUUUUUAACAGAAGAUAGAGGUUUAUUUUGGUGUUUUUGAAGGAAGUACUUUGAAGAUUUGCUCUUCUUUAAAAGCUACAGGAACAAAGUGUAUUUAUGGCAGUAGCUCAAUCAUGCCUUCAGAGAGAGUGGAGAACUUCAUGGAGAACAGUGAGAGAGAAUGAAGCAAAAACAAAAGGAGAAAACACAAAUGGUGAACAAGGAUGGAUGGAAAUGAGUGAAGAAGAGGAGGUACAGGGGAAUCUGGUGGGAGAUGACGACAGGGCAGAUAAAGAGAGUCCAAAGGAGCUGCAAGAAAGUAUACAAGAAAGUGAGGAGGCUGAUGAUGAUGAAGAAGAAUGUGAUGACAGUUUUCCUGUUAAAUCUACAAACAGUGGCAGCUUAGUUCCCAUGUGUACAAGUAAUGAUAAAUCCAUUGAUGAACAAAGCUCCAGUAAAUAUGACAACAACAAUUUCGAUGGCAAAGUAUAUAGUGAUAGUUGUCCUGUUACAUCUGCAAAUAGUGACCAUUUAGUUGCUGUGCUUACAAAUAAUGAUAAAAGUAGUGACAUAGAUGAUGAUAAAUAUGACAACAGCAGUAAUGAUGAUACUUUGAUGAGUUACUUUGAAGAUUCUGUUGCUGAAGAGUUUGACAUUUGGCCCAAGAAGAUAUACUCUGAUCCAGACUACCCAAGUUUGGUCUUUCAGGCUCUCAAAGGGAUGAUGCUCUGCUCUGUCCUCACUGACCUUACCCUGAGCACAGAGGAUGGGGAUACAUUCCAGUGUCAUUCUUUUGUCCUGGCUGCAGUCAGUACUCUCAUUAAGCAGAGGCUCAAGAAGAAGUCCAGAGAAGAGAGUGUAAUAUCUGUUUGUAUGGGUCCUGAGGUGCAUGGUGUGGGGCUGGCUGCAGUGGUGGAGUUUGCCUACACUGGGGCCAUCACCACAAUGAACAAGUACAACUUGGCACAGAUUCAGAUGGCAGCAGUCAGCCUGGGAGCUCCAAGAAUUCUGGAACUCUGCAAAGAGGAACAGAGAGAAAAACAAAAAGAGGACAAAGAAAGGGUUUCUGCUGAUGAGCAGAUGAAUGUUACUCUGCAGUAUUUAAGACAACUGUGGGCAGAGCGAGUGGGAUGUGAUGUUGAGCUUGAAGCAGAAGGAAGAGUUUUUCAUGCUCAUAGAGUGCUCUUGGCGGCUUGCUGUGACUACUUUAGAGGCAUGUUUUCCAGUGGUAUGAGGGAGAGCCAGCAAGAAUCAGUAUCUCUGCUGUUAGUUGGGGCAGCUGAGUUUGAGGCUCUUCUCCACUACGCCUACAGUGGGGUUCUUGCACUUGGAUGGAGCUGCAUUUUUGAACUCACUUGCACAUUUCUCCAAUUACAGUUUCAGUUUGCCCUGUCACUCUGCCUUAUUUUUCUGCAGAAGGAAAUGGAUGCUUACAACUGCCUAGAUGUAGCAUCUUUUGCAGAGGCCUAUGGGAUGACCAACUUACUUGCACUUGCUGAAGAUUUUGUCUUGAGGCAUUUUCAAGAAGUGUCACUUACUCCAAAGUUCCAAGAUCUUCCUAAAGAGAAAUUAAAGAAGUACCUGCAAAGUGAUUCCCUCUGCGUUCCCUCAGAGUUGCCUGUGUUCAAAGCAGUUAUGUCUUGGAUUGAAACCUUUCCCAAACAGCGUGCAAAACUUGCCAAGGAGCUGAUGGAAACUAUACAGUUUCCCCUCAUGACUUUUAAUGAAUUCAAAGAAGUCAAGUCCAUAACACAUUGGCCAACAACUUGUUCCAAAAACCUGUAUAAGUCUCUCCUAAAGCAGUUCUGCUCCAGUUCUUCAUAUGUACAAAAUAGCUUCAGGGCAUACCUGCCAAAAGACACUUUAGUAAUUGUUGGGGGUGAGAGAAUCAGUGCUAAUUUCGAAAAACAUAAACCCUGCACAGAAAUGUGGUUUAGCAAUUCCUUUCAGAACCAUGUUGGGCUAGUGAAGAAAGUAGAGUGGAGAAUGUUUGGAAAUUUACCUGAGAAUCCAACAUUCAGUCACGGAGUAGGGGUAAUGAGGGGGAAUAUGUACAUAGUUGGUGGACGGUAUUACUAUGGCAAAGCUGAUACCAUGAAAUGUGCCUACAGGUAUGAUCCUAUCCAGAACUCUUGGCAUAGAUUGGCUGAUAUGCAUGAGAGAAGAGGAAGUGUGACUCUGGUUGUCCUGAAUGAAAAAAUAUAUGCCAUUGGUGGAGAGAGUGACUCAGAGGUCAAUAUGGAGACUGUCGAGGUCUACUGCCCCAACACAAAUUCUUGGAGGUUUGUCUGCCCAUUAGACCAACCUCUGUGUUAUCAUGCAGCUAGUGUAUGGAAGGGCGCAAUCUUCAUAUCUGGAGGCUUGAACAGCCAGUGCCAAUGCCUGUUGUCCAUGAUCCUUUACCACCCAGAGAAAGGAUCCACCUAUAUGGCUGAGAUGAACCAUGACAGAGCCCAGCACUGCAUGGAGACCCUGGGAGACCAUCUGUAUGUGGCUGGAGGUGUCUCAUGUGGUGCCAGUGGCCACCAGAUGGAUCAGUUAUCCUGUGAGGUGUAUGACCCUGUGGCUAACUCCUGGAGUGCCAUUAUGUCAUUACCAAUACCUCAUGUAGGGUCAGCAUCAGCGGUCUUAGAAGGGAAGGUCUAUGUAAUCGGAGGGUACUGCCAAGAGUACUACAGAGAUAUCAAAUCAGUUCAUCGAUAUGAUCCUGCAACAGAAUGCUGGGAGAACAUGGGUGCGACACCAGGCCCAAACAAAUGCAUAGCUGCAUGUGUGCUGCACAUACCUUCUCACCUAAGGGCUGCCUGCCAAGAGGUGCAAUGUAAAGAUCAUGUAUAAAAGAAUGUUUACUGUAUUUGUAUUACAUGCAAGAACUUCUUAUUUUUUUGUGACUCAAAGAAAACAAAAUGGACAAUUAUGUCACAUUUAUACUCACUGAGCACUUUAUUAAGAACACCUGUACACCUACGUAUUCAUGCAAUUAUCUAAUCAGCCAAUCUUGUGGCAGCAGUGCAAUGCAUAAAGGUCAGGAGCUUCAGUUAAUGUUCACAUCAACCAUCGGAAUGAAAAAUUUAAUCUCAGUGAUUUCGACCAUUGCAUGAUUGUUGGUGCCUGACGGGCUGGUUUGAUUAUUUCUGUAACUGCUGAUCCCCUGGGAUGUUUAUGCACAACAGUCUAAAAAUAACUAACCUAGAGUGGUGCCAAAAAUAACAACAACAAAAAAAUAAUCCAGUGAGUGGCAGUUAUGCAGAUGGAAACACCUUGUUGAUGAGAUAGGUCAAUAUAGAAUGGCAAGACUGGUUCAAGAUGACUGAAAGGCUAUGGUAACUCAGAUAACCACUCUCUAUAAUUGUAGUGAGAAGUAUAGCAUCUCAGAACUUGUCAAACCUUGAGGCGUAUGGGCUACAACAGCAGAAAACAAUGUCAGGCACUUUAUGAGGACCAUAGUGUUCCUAAUAAAGUUCUCAGUGAGAGUAUGUUACUCAUUACGCAUGCAAUGAUUCUUUCCUGGAAAUCUUUUAAUUGGCAUUAUAUAGUACAUCUCUCCUACAAUAUUUUAUUAGUCACUAGUUUUGCAAAAUUUACAUAACAUUUUUUGCUGCAUUUUGUCUGAUAUUCUUUUUACAUUUGUUUUGUAGAUUGCGCUUCAAAUGGUUAAAAUAUAUUAGAAAGUAGUUUCUUUUCACUUUGUGUGCAUUUGCCUUUUUAACAGCCAUCCAUGUACUUAUUAGUGCACUAUUUAUUAUGUAGCGGGGUGACAAAGAGACAGACACAGUGGUUGUGGCAUAAAGCUUCAGAGAGGUAUUUAUUGGAAGACAUAAUAAACAGAAAAUAUCCAAAAGGGGAAUAAAAGUGUCCACGGGGAAGUGUUCAAUAUAAAAGAGGAUCUGGCAUCCUCGUGGUGAUAGGGGGCAUUGUGUAAGAAGGGGAAUGUCCAAAGGAAUGGUCCAUAAUGUGGACAGGUCCCAGUGGCUGCGAUGCUCUCUCCUUGGUGAUAUGCGGCUCAAGGGGCAGUGGUUUCCUAGUGGCGUGUGAGGGGAAGGGCGCCCAGUCAUUAUUGCCAAUUGGCAGCGAAGCAUGCUCCAAUCCCCUGACACUGCAUCAAAUUCACAACGGGAGUCCUGGAGUGUGGGAUUGGCACGCAUCUAAUUCGGCCAGUACUCUCACCACUCUGCUCCUGGACAUGCAAGAAUGCUAGUGUGUGCACACACAAUUCGAUAGAGCCCAGCUCCCAGAGGAGAGGCGCACUCUGUGUUUUUAUAGUAGUGUUGAUGAGGCUCCACUCAUAACAGGUGUUGCUCCUUUCCUCAUAUUCAGCCCACUCCCAUUGUGAGCCUGGCCGAAGGACAGCCCUUAGAGGGGCGAUGAUGAUGAGGGACAGGUUGUUCCUUUUGUUGACUUUUAAUUAUAAUACACAGGAUUAUAUGGAAACUGGAUCGUUAUCAUAAAAAUAUCUGUUACUGUAUAACAAUAAAGAAAUACAAUUUGACCUCUAUCAUAUUGAGGGCCAAAUUACUCAAAAUUACUAUUUGCACUAGAUGUAAUUAGUACCUGUCCAUUUGCACUCAAAUAGUAUAGUGGAAAAAGAAGCUGAAGACAAACUGCAUCCCCAAGUGUUGCUGCAACGGCGUAGUGUGAAAUGAUGGUGUGGAUGUGCUAGUUGCAUGCGGAAUGAACCAGGUUCGAUUCCCCCUUUGUCACACUUUUUCCAAUUUUGUUUCCGGUUUCCACUCUUAAUAUUUCCUUUAAUAAUACUUCUAAUAAUAAACACAAUUUCAUAUAAAGGUUGACUGUCUUGCAGUGAUUUGGUCAUUGUGACAGUCAGGGAGUUGAGAGAAAGGUUUGAUCUGGGUAAAAUCAACCAUGGUUUUAGUAUAAAUCAGUUAAGUUUAAGUAACCAUGUUUUAUUGCAAUGUUGUUUUAAUGUUGUAUCCCAGGAGAUGCAUCUUUAUUUGUUUUUCUCUGGAAACAAUAAACUUUGU